AUGAUGCAAUUGCUCGAUGAGAUUUUAGAAGAGAUUCUUUGUCGAUUGUCUGUUAAGUGUCUGUUUCGUUACAAAUGUGUAUCUAAAUCUUGGCUUGCCCUAAUCAGCAGUCCCUAUUUCGUUAAAUUGCAUCUGAAACGAUCCAUUCAAACAAAGAGAAACCUUAGCCUUUACUUGUUGAAUCACCUUCACUGUCAGGAGGUUUUUGAUUUCUUUCAACCGGUGAAAGUCAAUUACAUUCCAUUGAUGUUUCAGAAUUAUGGACUUGUUCCUAGAGGUUCCUAUGAUGGCUUACUUUGCAUGGCAAAAUUAGGUGACGUUGACAAUGUUUUUGUAUGGAAUCCAUCAAUCAGAAAGUCUAUAAAACUGCCUUACGAAUCGAGGAUUGAUUUUCCCAAUAAAAAACACACUGUUUGGAUAUGUGAUUAUCGAAUUGGUUAUGAUAACACUAAUGAAGAUUACAAGGUGGUGAGAAUUGGAGGGCUCCAAGGUAGAAAAGGCAUCAUUGAUUACGAGAUUAAAGUUUAUAGUUUGAGAUCAAAUUCGUGGCAUAAGAUAGAAAAGUUUUCUCACUUUCCGAAUUUGAAUAGCUUUGGAGAUUCUGUUGCUGGUGGAGCUCUGCACUGGAUAACCUCAACGGAAAACUUGAUUGUUGCUUUUGAUCUUGGUAUAGAGAAAUACAGAGUACUUCCACAGCCUGAGUACCGCGAUUCUUAUUACUAUUUAUAUUUGGAUAAUUUAUGUGGUUGUCUUUCAUUGACUUGUCGUUACAUAUCAUCAUCCACUGUGGAUGUGUUUUUGUUGAAGGAAUAUGGCAGGAAGAAUGAACAUUGGUCGAGAUUGAUUACACUGUCACACCCAAUUUCUUCUAAAAUUUUUAACCCUACGAAACCUACUGUACAGAAGUCACCUGAGGAAAUUAUGAUUUAUGUUGUUGUAGGAUCAAUGGACCUACACAUUUGCCUUGAAAGUUUAGUCGAUGUUCCUGCAUGUACCCUCAGCAUGAUAGAUUAA